AUGAAUAUCAUCGAAAGUCUAUUUGGUAGAGCGAUUACACCACAAGAACGCCUCAGGCGACAUCAACGUGCACUCCAGAAAGCCCAGCGAGAGCUUGACAGGGAGCGUACGAAAUUGGAAUCCCAGGAGAGUAAAUUAGUGUCUGAUAUCAAACGCAGCGCGAAGAAUGGACAGAUGGGACCGACGAAAUUGAUGGCUAAGGACCUCGUCAGGACACGGAAAUACAUACAAAAGUUCUAUCAAAUGCGCACGCAAUUACAAGCUGUCAGCUUACGCAUACAAACACUCAGAUCGAAUCAACAGAUGUCAGAAGCAAUGCGGGGAGCCACCAAGAGCAUGGCUAUGAUGAACAGAAGCCUUAAUUUACCCCAAAUUACGCGUAUAAUGAACGAAUUCGAGCGUGAAUCCUCCUCGAUGGACAUGAAAGAAGAAAUGAUGUCAGAUGCCGUAGACGAUGUGAUGGAGGAUGACCAGGGCGAAGAAGAGGAAGAGAAGAUUGUUGGACAAGUGCUUGAUGAGAUUGGUGUGACGCUAAACCAGCAACUCGCUGAUACGCCUGAUACCCUUGCACAGACGAGCCAAAAGCAACCCGAUAAGCUCCCGCUUGCUGAGGGACUCCCAAGUGGUCCUUCUGGUGGCUCCAACAACCCUGCUCCAGCUGAUAAAACAGAUGAGGAUAGCUUACAAGCGAGAUUAGACAGGUUGAGGAAAGACUAGAGGGCUAUGCGGUGUGUUAUACCAUUCAAUACAUCAUUAUCAAUUUCUACAAAAUAUUCUCUCCGUCGUUGCUGAAUGUAACAUUUCCCUGCAUGAAUUGUGAGACACUCUAGAAAUACUAGGAAUUGACAUACAUCUUU